CAUUGUAUCCAGGCCGCUGCUGGCGAUGUAACGAGUUGGUAAACAGGCGCUUGUGUCAAAUCGCUAUUACGUAACCGAAAUGCAAUGUGGAAAAUGUGAGAAGGGGGUGGUGAGACAUCCUGAAAUACGGCAAGGUGUGCCGUGGCUGCGAGGGGCAGUCCCUCCGACAGUGUGUCACGACCUUGACGAAUCCCGGGGCUGAUAUAACAGGCGGUGGGAGACCGUGCUGAGCUAGAUCCGCGGAUGCAAUCACAGGGAAGUGCUCACCUCUGCUCCCCGAGACAUCCCCCUCCGUCCUACCGGGAGACCAGCUUCAACCGCACGAUGCUGUUUUGGCACUCACAGCCCGAACAUUUCCCCCACCACCACCACCAUCAUCACCAGGAGCAGCAACAACCGGGAAACAGUUACCUCCGCGAUGUUCUAUCACUUCCAGUUUUUAAACACGAGGAAUCAAAUCUGUCUCCAGGAAAUGAUGCUAAAGUACUCCCAUUCCAGUACGUGCUCUGUGCAGCCACAUCUCCUGCUGUCAAGCUCCAUGAAGAAACACUGACUUACCUCAACCAAGGUCAGUCUUACGAAAUUCGUAUGUUUGACAACAGAAAACCUGGAGAUUGCCAGGAAGUAGUUGACAAGUAUAUAAAGAGCAUUGUCCGUGUGGUUUUCCAUGAUCGCCGCUUGCAGUAUAUGGAGCACCAGCAGCUGGAGGGCUGGAAAUGGAGUCGCCCAGGAGACCGGAUUCUAGACAUGGACAUACCUCUGUCAGUUGGUGUUGUGGAUCCUCGAGCAAAUCCGACACAACUAAACUCCAUUGAGUUUCUUUGGCACCCUGCCAAAAGGACUUCUGUAUUUGUUCAGGUCCACUGUAUCAGUACAGAGUUCACUCCCAGGAAGCAUGGUGGAGAGAAAGGCGUUCCAUUCCGCAUCCAGAUUGACACGUUUAAACAAAACGAGAAUGGGGACUAUACAGAACACUUGCAUUCUGCAAGUUGCCAGGUCAAAGUGUUCAAGCCAAAGGGAGCAGAUCGAAAACAGAAAACCGACCGGGAAAAGAUAGAAAAACGAACACCGAAAGAAAGAGAAAAGUACCAACAUUCAUACGACACAACAAUUCUCACUGAGUGCUCUCCAUGGCCUGAUGCCUCAUACGUUAGUAGCACUCCCUCCAUAGGUUACCACAGCUUGCCUGUCAGCUUUAGUGUCAGUGAAGGAAAUUGGACAACAACAAGCCCAGAGGAGCCACUGUCUCUGAGCAUUGAUUACCUGUUGCCCACAGCCACAAGCCAGGAGGCACAGCAGUGGCUGCACAGAAACCGCUUCUCAGCAUUCUGCCAACUGUUUUUCAGUUUUUCAGGUGCAGACUUGUUGAAAAUGUCUAAAGAAGAUUUGAUCCAGCUUUGUGGUCCUGCAGAUGGAAUCAGACUUUUUAAUGCAAUUAAAGGAAGAAAUGUGUAUCCAAAACUGACCAUCUAUAUGUGUCAGGAGCCUGAAAAUAAUCAGGAUGAUCAUCAACAGAAACAAGACAUAAUUUCAAGAGUUAGCCCUUCAAGCGUAUACCAUGCAAUCUUUUUGGAAGAGCUGACAGCGAUAGAAUUAACUGAGAAAAUAGCAAAUCUGUACAGCAUUUCUCCGCAGCAGAUUAACCAGAUCUACAGACAGGGACCCUGUGGGAUCCACGUGCUUGUCAGUGAUGAGAUGGUUAAGAAUUUCGGUGAUGAGACUUGCUUUAUCAUCUGCACCUUGAAAGCUGAGAGAAAUGAUGGAUACAACAUCAUCUUAAAAUGACAAAAGUUGCACCUGAUUCCCCGACAUCAGGAGGAAGAUUGAGUGCUUUCAUAUUAUUUGAUUGUUGUCAUCAUUGUCGAACAUGGGCAACAAUCUGAUCAUCAGGCAAAAGAUGAAUUGCCCACAAUUGAAAUUGAAUUUUUCUAAUGUCUUUGAGGGGAAAAAAAGAUUUUUUUUCUUUAUCAGAGUGGCUAUUAUAUUUGGGGAAAGAAAGCAAGAAGGCAAUGAUAGAAUCCUUUUGUUUUUAGCAUUAUUUUACCAAGUUCCCCGAUAAGAGGUGCUAUGCUGUAUACAAGGUAACAUGACAAAAUAUUUUGCUUAAUUCUGCACUUGAUAUGGUGGACAAUUUUUCUUUUGAUUCAUGGCUAUUUUCUAGUAAGUGGAGUGACUAAAAACCAUGUUUUCCUCCUCUCAUUUGUUUUGUAUUUAGUCAUGAUGAAUGCUAGUUGCAGUUUUCAGGCAGAAUAAAAAUGGACAAAAAUCAUUCCAAAAACAAAUAGCUAAAUUUUAUAAGGCUUCCCAUGUCAGUGAAAUGAAAUUUGGCUUAUCAGUGACUUUGAUAACAAAACGGUUUGUUUGCAUUUGUAGUUUUAUUUGAAAAGGAUUGUAAUUGUAAAGAAGUGGAAUUAACUUGUCAUACUCAUUUUCCUGCUCCUCGGAUGCUGCCUGGCCUGUUGUGUUUUCCAGCACCACAUUUUUCAACUCUGGUCUCCAGCAUCUGCAGUCCUCACUUUCUCCUAUACUCAUGAUCCCUAUCUAACUCUUGGAAAUGCUUAUGCUCCAUAAAGUCCAGACUUUGUCUUGAUUUUAAGGACCCCAGCUAAAGUUUGAGUUAUCCAAAGUUUUCUUACACAGGCCACAGCUAUCUAUUCAAACCUAUCCUCAUGAGAUAUUUAUGAAUAUGCUGUGACUCUUAACUUUAGAGGCCUGUGCCCUUAAGUAUUUUCUAAUAUGAAGCUAUGAUCGCAGUCAAGUACUGACAAUCUAUUUCCUUUACAUGGUGCUGCAGUGGGGAAUGAGGUAAAGAGAGUAGAGAGAUAGCCAGGCAACUAACCGUAAUGUAUAUUAGUUGGCAGGUAAGAUGAAGAAUAUAUUAUUUUGUUUUUAUUAAUCAGACUAAUCCAUGUUCAAGAGCAUCCUUAGGUUUUAUUGGAUAAAAGAAAUUAUGAAAGAAAAGGAGUGAAAAGACAUGGAUCAGAUUUUAAGGUUGGGGGAAAAGAAGUGAUAACUCAAAGGCUGAAGAGAUAUGAUUGUAUAUUUUUAGUUGUUCAUGGGAAUGGGCUUUGCUCUUUCCUACUUGUCCUUAAGAAAUUGGUGUGCCAUCUUGAACUGUUACAGUCCUUAUGGUGGAUCUGCACUCUGUGCGAUAAGAGGAGGAGCAGCAAAUUAAAUAAACCUGCUUUUUGCACCCUGGCCAUUUUUUUGUUGUUGUAUGUUUGAAGCUCGUUCACAUUGGAUUUGGACAAACUGAUGCAUAAAAUUAUUCAUUAUCCAAAGACAACCUUUUCUCUCAGACAAGGGCAUGAAUGACUACCCAGAGCUUGCUGUAUGUCACAGGCACUCUCUCUCAAUGAGGAUUUUCUAUUAACUGUGUGUUUUUAAUUGAAGGUUAUUUGCAAAGUGAUUGGUUCCAAAUUGUUGAUGUUUACAUGACAGUUGCUCAAUUGCUAAGUCACCCAGGGUAGAUAAUUGUUUUUGCAUUUUAAUCAAAGUAAGUAGUUCUUUUACAAAUUGCAACAUAUGAAGCCCAUUUUCAUUUUGCUGGACAUCCUGCUGCAGUUGUUAAGAUAUAUUAAACCAAGUUGAAUGACUUCCAUUUAAACAUUGCCAUGUCUGGAGGGAUUUCCACCCACUCCAGCUCUUCCAUUGACUCUCUGUCAUGUAGCAUCUGAAGUGAUAGGCCAGCAAUAAGUGAUUUGCUAGCAGGCCUAGUCCUAGCUUAUGGUGGGUGGGUAAGACUGUUCUAAUACUUUGGCUGCAUCGAGCAACUUGAGGUGUGGAAAACUAGAACCUUUGUACUGAAUGAGUUUAGUGCAGUGAUGCUUCAGGCAAAUUUCCAGCUUUGUUGUCUCUUAAUAUGUUUUUUCAAAUAGAAAAUGUAGCAAAUCAUGUGCUGAUCUGGCAGCUCUGAGAGAGAAACUGACUUAACAGUUUACGACAGUGGAUGGGACAAGGUGUGUGAUACAGUAGAAGACAGGAGAGAAUAAGUGAUGGAAGAAUUAGAAUUACAGGGCCAGAGGGAAUGCUGCUGAGGCACAGAACAGAACAAAAGAUGUUAGUGAGUUUUGAGAUGUAGCUCAGGUUGAGGUUUUGGAUGUAGGUUUGCUCGCUGAGCCGGAAGGUUCAUUUCUAGACGUUUCGUCACCCUACUAGGUAACAUCUUCAGUGGGCCUCAGGUGAAGCACUGCUGAAAAUUCCUGCUUUCUAUUUAUGUUUGGGUUUCUUCUGGAACUAUCAACAAACACAUCGAGUUAGACCCCAUGUACUACCCCUUGAGAAAAGGAACAGGAAAUGACUUCACCACAGGAAAUAACAUCACAGGAAAUGACAUUGUUAACCCAAAGAAACACAAACAUAUAAAUAGAAAGCAGGAAUUUUCAACAGCACUUAGCCUGAACCCCACUGAAGAUGUUACCUAAUAGGGUGACGAAACGUCUGGAAAUGAACCUUCCAGCUCAGCAAGCAUAGCUACAUCCAGAACAAAAGAUGUCCCUAGAGCAGGUGUGCUGCUGCCUAAAGCAAAAACUAGAAGAAAAAAAUUGAACUCGUGGUAGAUAAGAAAAAUGGGGGCAAAGAGCAUAUUUUGAAAUUGUUAAAUUCCAGUAUUGAGUCUGGAAAGUUGUGAAGUGCUUAAAUAGAUGACACACAAUUAUUGCGUCAUAAACUUCUGUCUUGGGGCUCUUAUGGUACAGUGAUAGUUUCUUUCUCUCUAGGCUAGGAGACCCGGGACCAAGUCCCACCUGCUGCACUGCUAAAAAGGUUGUUAAGGAUAUGUCUGAACUUUUGUCUUUGUCCUUAUCCCACCAACCAAUUAAGCAUCCAUCUCUUCCCAGUUAUGAUGAAAUGGCAUUGAUUUGAAACAUUUCCUGUUUUUUAUUCAGAUUUCCAGCAUCUCCAGUAUUGUGCAUUUUGUUUAGUUUUUUUUAGUUGAUUAUGUGCUUUCUAGAAAGUCUGAAGUACUAUUUUACAAACCUUGGAAAUGUUUUUGUACUCCUGCCAAUUAAGUGUAGCAAAUGUAUAUUGUCUUAGUGUUGGGCAAAUUUAGCACAUCUAAUUCAUUUUCAACUGGCUCUCUGGGUUUUCUCUUACACUUUUGUUGCAGUCAGUGGGCGAAUAUAUAAACUCGGCAGGAUUGUGGAGAUAACGCGGGGGUGGUUGGUUGGAAAAUGUUGAAUGUUGUUACUUUUUUUAAUGUAGAAGCAUGUUUUGCACUGGCCUCUGUACAAUUCAGCUCAGAAGUGGAAUAUAUUCUGUACCUGAAGGCCUGUACACUAGCCAAUUGAAUAAAUCUACCUUUUAUAACAACA